UAGUGCUAAAUAUUCACUGUUAAUAUAAUAUAUCUUCGUUAUACAUAUCAUUUGAUCAGUCAGUUCAGUGUGGUUUGAAUAUAGCAACUCAUAUUUUGUGCGAGUUUAUUUAGCUCUUUGAAAGUAAGGUGGACUAAUUUUUAGCUUUAGCUGCUCCAUACCGAUGCCAAAUAAUAAAAUUGAAUUGUUCAUCUCCCCCACCGAUAUUGUGAACUACCAUACACUGUUACUAUCUUAGUGUCUUUUGGGUCAAUCAGUUUGCUUCACUUCACUUCUAUUCAAUAUAUUGGCUGCAGCUUGGAAGUUCAACGUGACUUUCAUAUGGAAAAUUGACAGCAAACUACUCUGUUUUCUUACAUUUUCAAUCUAACCAAGCUGUUACAAGCAUUAUUACGAAGGAAAAAUAAUAAUAAGUACAAGUACCAUAUUUUUUAAUCUAAAUUAAAAAAUUACAUUGAUAGUUUUAAAUAUCCUAUGGAAAGUGUACGACCUAGUAUGUCUUGUGGCAUGUGGAAUCCAGCUAAAGGCUAAUUGGUAAUACAUCCAAAUACCUAUUUUCCCGAAUCAUGUUUUGUUGUGCAUGAUAUUUUUUGGUAAUAACCUGGAACGACACUUACCUAACAUCCUACCUGAUAUGUCCCUCUCAAACAGCUCUGUUGUAGGCUUGCAGCUGGCCAAGCAUGCAAUACUAUUGUACUACUGUUAGUGAUGCAUGCUAGGCCCCAUUACAGCUGGCUUAUUGGCUGAUGUUAAGUGAUUCUAUCAACCUAAUUUCUCCAACACAUGCUGUUUCUGUUCUGCACUAGUUAACCUGAAGUUGUAACAUUGCAGAUCAUGCAAUUCUUACCUUUUCUUCAUAAAUCAGGCCGAAACCUGUCAAAUCAUACACGUGUCCAGAAUCCUCGUGGCACUAUCCACAACCAUUUUUAACCACUGGACAGUACUUCACGGCCCUCUCCAUGCAGUGUACUUGUUUUGACCACGGACCACUAAACUUGCUCAUUUUACGUCACUACUUUUUCUGUUUCUACAAAUAUGUGGAGUGUGUGUGUUUGCUGACUCCAUGUACUGGGCCGUGAACCAUUGAAGGAAGAACAACCAUUCAAGGAAGGGAGCACACUGACAUGCAUGGAAAUUUGGCAGACAGGAGGAAGUGCGGUCACAAAAGGGUAUCCAUCGUUACUUUUGCAUGUGGGAGCCUCCAAGUGGAAAACAGGAAAUGGCACUGCUGAGCACAAAUUCAUGCUGAUCUGUUUGUUAGAGGGAAACACUUUACAGAUGUCCAACCGAUGUGUAACUACACAUCGAGAAGGGCGGGGAAAGCAAAGAGAAAAAGGAGAAAGAAAAAAAACCCCCCAAGCCAGAAUUCUUCAGGGAGGCUCGAACAGGAUUUUCAUUCUGAAGCUUCAGCACUGAUUAGCACAUUGGCGGUGAGAUCAGCGUCAAGCACUAGCGGCCACCAGCAGAUGUAUGUGGACCACAGCACUAUCCAGUACCACGGACGGAUGGCCUUGAGUAGGCAGAACGGAAGUACCCAGAAGCCACAGCUGAUGCACAUGAACAGGCCAGAAGGUUUCGCGCCUCCUCCGUCCAUGUCCAUGACGGUUCCGAUGGCGCAUUCCUCACGGCCGACACUAGGGUUCCCCCUUGGGACGGCGCUCCUACUCCUCGUCAUCUUCUCCCUCAGCGGCAUCUUCUCGUGCUGCUACCACUGGGACAGGCUCCGGUUGCUGUGGUCUCGGCAUCCCGCCAUGCUCCAGGAAGGUCAGCUCACCGUCAUCACCAUCGGAUCGGUGCCAAGCAAGGCAGCUUCUCAGCACAAGAACGAGAAAGCAGCGAAAGAGUGUGGCCUGCCGGUGAUCAUGCCUGGGGAUAACAUCGCGAAAUUCUUCGCGAGGCCCUGCCCGCACGAGAGGUGUUUUACCUGCAGCAGAGAAGGCUGAAUUGGAGGUGCAAGUUAGAUGUUCAGUUUCGUGAGACCGUAGGUAUUUGUAACUGUAAGUGGAAUCAUAGUUAGCCGUUAGCUGACUUAUAUGAUUGAUGGAUUGAUUGUAUAUAAGCACAUGACUUGUGAUUGACAGAUUUGAUUGUGUAUAAGCAUGCGGUUUUCACA